AUGUCUAGCAUCCACGGUGUCCCCCCUAACGAUGGAGAGGCCUCUAUGGUAGUUGAGACCGGCAAAUCGGACAGUAACGAGCCUUCAUCUGCUGCAUCCACUAAUGAAGGCGAGUCAAGCGCUGUCGCUCAACCUGUUCUCACCAUCCGUCCCGCGCCGCGAAUUGUCACGAUCAAUCACGUUGGAGAACUGCGAUUCAUCGGUAUUCUCGACCCCCUCGACAGAGCAGUUGGUUACUACUUCGACAACCCUCACGAAGACUUUCUGGUCCGCAACGUCAUGGCCCACUCAAACCUUGCUGUUCGAGCCGUGAUCUUCCAGGGAGAACGAGGUGCAGGUAACCACGUUGCUCGAAAGCUGCCUUCACUUUAUCCUGGCCAGGGAGUUAGAGAAUUCCACUUCAACCUCCCUUUCCGUGUUGCAGGUCCUGCUGCGCUCAGACAGCCGAGACUCCCUCUUGGCUUCCGUCGCUGCUUUUUGGGACUGAAGCCCAAGGGUACAGUUGUGCACAAGUUGACCAGGGAUGCUGAGUGUCACCCUCCGGAGGUUAGACGGUACAAUCGGAUCUGGCAAGCUUGGAAAGAAGAGAACGGUGCGCUUCCUGAGCGGAAGUGUGAUGUUGCUUUGAUGGCGUGGCCGGCUAUGGCGUACUGUGCUGGCGGUAUGUCGUUGGAGUUUGUACAGGAUCUUGAGGUUGAUUCACUUGGAGGAACUGACGUGGUCAUGUAA